AUGAAUUUAUUAACAAGUAUUUUCGAAUCAUUAGUUCCUUUAUCUUCCGAUGGUUUUAAUUAUCAUUUUAUUGUUUUUGCACCACAUGGUAUACUUUUCGAAUAUAUUGGUUUUGCUCAAUUUUGUAUUGCUGUUAGAUGUUCGAUGUGUGCAUAUACUUAUGGUAUACUUAUUGUUCAUUUCAUCUAUCGAUAUUUCGCCAUUUGCAAGUAAGUUAAUAAAUUAAAAUUAAUGAUCUACUUCAAUUUCAUAGACCUCAAUAUACUAUUGCUUUCUUCAAACCUCGAUUCCUUACAUUAGUUAUCUUCUUCACAUUCUCAUAUGGAACUAUGUGGAUGGGAAUAAUUUAUCAAUGGCUUUGGCCAACUGACUCCUCUCGAUCUAUCGUUGAUCAGGGAUUCAAAGAUACUUACAAUGAAUCAAGUUAUAAUAUUCCAAUGAUUCUAGCGAAUUAUGAAUGGCCAAUUGAAAAUUGGAAAACAAAUGGACUUGUUGGAAUGGGUUUAAUAACUCUAAAUUCAGUCGUUGCUUUAGCAAUAGAUUCAGUAUUGGCUUGGAAAAUUCAUUCAGCAUUGAACAUUGUUACGUUGAGCAAUGUUAUCAAAAAACUGCAUCGUAACUUAUUGAUUACGCUUAUAGCUCAAACUUUUGUACCGAUCGCUGCGACUUUUAUUCCAAGUUUGAUAGCUUGGUAUUAUCCAUUUUUCGGCUUAAAAUGGGGAUAUUUCAAUAAUUCGUUUUUGAUUCCAUUUAUCAGUUUCUAUCCAGCAAUUGAUCCAAUUGUUAUUACUUUUGCAUUAACAGAUUAUCGUAAUGUUAUUCUUUCAUUUUUGGUUGAUAGAUGUGAAUCGGAACAAACAAGAACUCGAUUGAGAAGCACAUUUCAUAUCGAAUGUUGA